AUGUCUCUCUUCCGCAGUUGCAGAGCUGCCACCGUGCAAGCCCGUGGCUUCGCCUCGUCCUCCUCUCUUCGAGUUGGACCAGAGUCUCCCAAUUUCGUCGAUGUCCCGCGAACUAUCCAGCCCGAACUUCCUUCGAAGCCUCGCGUUAAGGGUACAUUGCCCGUCCCCCGAGAGAUUUUCCCAGCUCGCCGAGCGGACAAACCAACGGAGGAAUACAUUGCUGCUGCCACCACUCCUCCCUCGAAAGAAAUCAAAGUCGACCCGCAAGAUCCCCACGCCGGAUACAAUGAGUGGAAGCGUCAGAUGUCAGAGAUGAGACGACAAAACCUCCGAGAGGGUCUCCUGGAAUUGCACAGCCGGAAACAGCGGACAGACCGAUCGAUGACAUACCGGAGCUCGGAGAAGCAGAGGAGACGUGACCGUGUUCUCUCGCAGCCCGAGAGAGAAGAUGAACGAUUGACCCGUUCAUCGAUCGUUCAGGCGAUGCUCCCGAAGCACACCCCGGUGUUGCCGGACCCUAACAGAGAGGAGCGCCUUGCCCUGUCUCAGGCUCGCGUCGAAGCCAAGAAGGCUCAGAAGGAGUUGGACCAACAAGACGCCAUACAAUCGCUUUACAUCAACGCCCGGAGCUUCAUCACCAACGAAGCUCAGCUGGCUGCCGAGAUCGACCGAGUGUUCCCCGAGGGAGAGAACGAGGCAUGGCGCAACGACCACCAGCAGGGUGAGAACAUUUGGAACCUUGGUGUUCCACCAACUGUGAUGUCGAUUUCCAGCGAGCACAGGAAGAGUGAGGCGGCUCGGUGGGAUCUUAUCCAGGGCAGAGUCAAGAAGCUUGGAGAGCAGAUUACUGGAGGCAAGUUGUGA